UUAUUUUAUUUGACUAGGACGAUCGGAACUUAUCUUUGAGGAUUAGAGAAGAAUCAUUAAAAUCCAUGAAAAUGAACAACUGCACAGACUGUGAAGUUAAGACCAACAAUUUGACAAACAUCAACCCGCUCUCAGCACCUAUUGCUUCCAUGGGAUUGCUUGUAUCUAUGGUGAUCACAACGGUCAACUUGACUGUUCUUUUAAUAUUCCUGAAGAGCAAGUCCGUUCGAGCAAAUCGCCAUCAUAAUCUGGUCAUUUGUUUGUCAAUAUGCGAUCUUUCAAUCGGACUCAGUGGUUUUAUUGCCAGUAUUCGAAUGCUUAUCCCUGCUUGGUCAGGGUUAUAUGUUCCCUGCAUCUUGUCAUCAGUAAUUGUCGGCGUAGGCGUCUUUAUGUCCCUGUUUCAGACCUUCCUAAUCAGUUUCCAUAGAUUUUUGGUUGCCAUCGGCAGCCCUUGGAACGACCGCCUGCUGCAAGGAAAACGAAAGUACGCCAUCUACUCCUUGAGCUGGAGCGUCGUUUUGGCCCUACAUUACGCAUUAAUCAGACCUUACUCCGAGAAUUUAGAUAUCUGCAACAUCCAAAUAGUUUAUGGCAAAAAUUUUAAAUUUUUUAUGGGUGGAUAUGGAAUCACAGCUAUGGUUCUCAUGUUGUCGACAAUUAUCCUCUACUUAUUUACAUUAAACAGUGUCUGUAAAAGAUAUAUGAGAACAUAUGCGUGGCAAAUUCAAAUUGAACAUAAAACCACCUCAGCAACCUCCUCCAAUGAAAACACGCUUUACAACACCGAGGCGGGAAAAAAGAGGGUGUUUGAAUCGCUUAAAGUUGUUGGCAUGAUAAUAAGUCUGUUGGUCCUACUCACUGGACCCUUUGUCGUGGUCGUGUUUAUGACUUUGUUCCGAUUUGAGCCUUCUCAUUCAUUAAUCUUUAUCACCUGCCUUCUCUCCAGCAUUAACUCUAUUAUCAACCCCUUUAUUUACAGUUGGAAGAUCGAAUCGCUCAGAAAAGAAUUCAAGAUGCUUUUUCAAACAUGUCUGUCAUAUUGAAUUCAAUUUACACGUUUUUAUGAAAGACAUAUUUUUACUGACUUUGAUUGUACAUUUACAUGCAUAUAUAUAUAUUUAAAAAAUGAUUGUAAAUGAUGUCCCUUCAAGAACAACGAAUCGGACACAUGGCGAAUGAGGAGAUAAAAAUGAUGAAUCGGACAAAGGGAGAUGAGAAUAGCAAAUGCGUAAAUGGGUCCCUCUAUAUUCCCAUUCAAUAUGGCGACGUGCCGUUGAGAUUCGUAACUGAACAGUGAAUUUAGUUUUAAUCUGCAUCUGAAUGUGCUCACUUAAACGCAUUGCAAAGUUACGCAAGAUUUAAAUUUGCUCAUAAUGAUAGUGAAGUUUUUCAAGCUUUGAAAUGAAUGUAAUCAUUUGUUUCCCACUGUUAUUAUGUAUUUGAAAAAUGAACAUGAAUCAGGCCAAAAUAAAGUCACGAAUAUCAUAUUAUUAUCAAAAUUAUAAAUCCAUGAUCCAAUUCAGGUUUGAAAAUCGUGAGCAAAGGUACGUCGCAGACAUCACGUGAUGCUCUAACACAUUAGGCUGCUGAUUCCUCGGCAACAUGUGAAAGAACAUUAAAUCAACGAACCAAGACUCGUUAUACAGAGCGAUGAUUUUAAAAUGUUCAAUUAUGGAAAAGGAAAGAAGGCGCGGAAAAGAUAUAUGCAUCUUGUACUAUUACCAAUACUUUUCUAAUUCUGGAUGAAUAAAAUGGUACCCUCCUCCAAAAAAAAAAUAAAAGAAAAGAAAAACCCCAUAUUUAUGCGAAAUGUAGAAGCUGGUAAAAAUGUACUUCGACGACAAAAUGAACUUAAAAACACACGUAUUUAAUAAAGUUCAUCUCUCAUUAUUACAAUCGUGAACAUGUUUCUGAUUAUUUGGAAAGAAAAAGCGUGUUAAAUCUUUUAAGCCCUCCAGAUAGAUGUUAUAACCGUCAACUCAUCUUGUGAAUAUCACGUCCUUCUUGUGAUAGAUCGGCUAUAAAGUCGCACAAACAUCGGCAUAUAUAACAGUCGUAACUUAAUCUUAUACACGUUAAAUCUUGAAAUAACCAAGAGAUAUUUGUAAAACACGUAUGCCCCCAUUCCUUGGAAACAUCUGCAAAGAAAAUGAACGAAAACUACAAAUAAUUGAAAUUUUUCUACGUCCAAGGGGCAUAACUCUGUUGAAAAGGUCAUAUGGUGUAAAUGCAAUUAAAGUUUACACAAGUGAAAAGCUGUGAAUGUGACAGCAAACCGGGUUUUCUUUUCUGAGAACUGUAUCCAUAAUCCAUGUCAACCCUGAAUUGAUAAACACUACCUACCGUAUCCUGUGAAAUGGAGUACCCUAUAUGCAAUAUUUUGCCAAAAAAAGUUUAAAGGCUGAUAUUUUUUUUCAUAAAUUAUCACAUAUAAAAAUCCUAGCAAUAUGCACACCUCUUAUAUAUGUACAGUUGAUCUGCAAAACAAGUUCUUAUCUUGAAAACUGUAGGAGGAGUUAUCCGUACAAUAGGGGUACCCUAUAUGCGAUAUUCUGCGAGAAAAAGACAAAGUUCAGCAGCUGAUAUUUUUUUCAUAAACUAUCACAAAUCAAAAUCUUAGCAAUAUGCACACCUUUGAUAUAUGAACAAUUUGCAAAAGAAUAAUUUCCUAUCUUGAAAACUGUA